UAGUCUGGCCUGUCAUUCUGCGCGGGCUGGGAUUGUUCGCCGUUCGCUCUGUAAACUGCGGCUUUACUCCCUAGUUUUCUGAAAUAAUGGCUGAUUCGCAUGACGACAAGCUUUACAAAGCUGAGUAUGCGAAAAGCGGGCGUGCGUCGUGCAAGAAAUGUAAAGAGAACAUCGCUAAGGACUCUCUGAGGAUGGCAAUAAUGGUGCAGUCGCCCAUGUUUGAUGGAAAAGUGCCGCACUGGCAUCAUUUCUCCUGCUUCUGGCUCAAGGCAGCAAUCCAGUCCACAUCAGACAUAUCUGGCUUUACUGAUCUCCGCUGGGAGGACCAAGAGAAGGUGAAGAAAGCCAUUGAAAAUGGAGGUGCUGCUGGAGGAAAAGGUGGCCAGAAAGGAGGAGCUAAAGGGGAGAAGACGUUGAAUGACUUUGCAGUGGAGUAUGCUAAAUCUAACAGAAGCACCUGCAAGGGCUGUGAUCAGAAAAUUGAGAAGGACCAGAUCCGCGUAUCAAAGAAGACAGUGGACCCUGAGAAGCCUCAGCUGGGGCUAAUUGAUCGCUGGUACCACACAGGCUGCUUUGUGAGCCGGCGUGAGGAACUGGCUUUCAAAUCCGAGUACAGCGCAGCUCAGCUUAAAGGCUUCGCUGCCCUGCGAGCUGAGGACAAGGAGGAAUUGAAGAAGAGACUGCCUGCUGUGAAGACUGAAGGGAAAAGGAAGGCAGACAGUGUUGAUGGACAAGGAGUUUCCAAGAAGCAAAAGAAAGAGGAAGAGGAGAAGCAGAAGCAACUGGACCUGCAGAUGAAGGAACAGAGCCAGCUGAUUUGGGGAAUUAAGGACAAGUUGAAGAAAUACUGUUCAACAAAUGACAUGAAGGAGCUUCUCAUUGCUAACCACCAGGAAGUUCCCUCAGGAGAAUCCAAUAUAUUGGACCGUCUAUCAGACUGCAUGGCUUUUGGAGCCUUGAAGCCUUGUGAAACUUGCCAAGGUCAGCUUGUGCUUAAGGGUGAUGCCUACUACUGCACAGGAGACAUCUCUGCCUGGACUAAAUGUGUGGUCAAGACUCGGACACCAAACCGCAAAGACUGGGUUACUCCUAAGGAGUUCCAAGAGAUUCCCUACCUUAAGAAGUUUAAGUUUAAACGUCAGGAUCGUGUUUUCCCCAAAGAGGUUCCAGCUCCUCCUGCAGAUCCUGCCUCCACUGCUGCAGCUUCUGCUACUGUGGCUUCCAGCACCUCCAGCACCCCCAUUGAGACCCUCACAGAAGUGCCUGCAGAUAAGCCUCUGACUGGGCUGAAGCUUCUGGCUGUGGGGAAGCUGAGUAAGAAUAAAGAAGAGCUGAAGGCUGCAGUGGAGGAGCUAGGAGGGAAGAUUACUGGCACUGUCAGUAAAGCUGCUAUCUGUCUCAGCUCCAAGAAGGAGGUCGAAAAGAUGAGUAAGAAGAUGGAGGAGGUGAGAGACGCAGGAGUGCGUGUUGUUGCUGAAGAUUUCCUCACUGAUAUCAAGUCUUCAGGCAAAGCCCUGCAGGAGCUCAUCUCUCUGCACGGCAUCUCUCCCUGGGGGGCGGAGGUUAAAGUGGAGGCUCAGGCCCCAUCUGGAGCCUCCAAAUCAACAGGAGCAAUGUCCUCAAAGAGUGCAGGGAGGAGCAAAGAGGAAGAAGGUGGAAGCAAGUCAAAGAAAAUGAAGUUGACGGUCAAAGGUGGAGCAGCAGUUGACCCAGACUCAGGUUUGGAGAAUUGUGCUCAUGUGUUGGAUCAGAAUGGUAAGAUCUACAGUGCUACUCUGGGUCUAGUAGACAUUGUCAGAGGAACAAACUCUUACUACAAACUCCAGCUACUGGAGGAUGAUGUUCAGAAACGGUACUGGGUGUUCAGGUCAUGGGGGAGAGUGGGCACCACCAUAGGGGGAAACAAACUGGAUAAGUUUUAUGACAAAAACUCAGCAAUGGACAACUUCCGUAGUGUAUAUGAGGAAAAAACAGGCAAUUCUUGGACCUCAAGCAGCUUUACUAAAUACCCCAACAAGUUUUACCCUCUUGAGAUCGAUUAUGGGCAGGAUGAAGAGGCCGUAAAGAAACUGACCGCCAGCUCAGGCACCAAGUCUCAACUACCCAAACAAGUCCAGGAGCUCAUCCGAAUGAUCUUUGAUGUGGAGAGCAUGAAGAAAGCCAUGGUGGAGUUUGAGAUUGACCUGCAGAAGAUGCCUUUGGGGAAGCUGAGUAAGAGACAGAUCCAGAGUGCCUAUUCUCUUCUGAGUGAAGUUCAACAGGCUGUGUCUGACAACGCUUCAGAGUCUGUGAUCCUGGACCUGUCCAAUCGCUUCUACACUCUGAUACCUCACGAUUUUGGCAUGAAGAAACCUCCCCUGCUGAGUAACCUAGACUAUAUCCAGGCUAAAGUUCAGAUGCUGGACAAUCUCCUGGACAUUGAGGUCGCCUACAGCCUCCUGCGUGGAGGAGCAGAGGAUAACAAAAAAGAUCCUAUUGACAUCAACUAUGAAAAACUCAAAACUAAGAUUGAGGUGGUUGAUAAGUCAUCAGAAGAGUCUGAGCUUAUCCAGCAGUAUGUAAAGAAUACGCACGCUGCAACUCACAAUACCUACACACUUGAAAUUGAAGAGAUCUUUAAGAUUGAUAGAGAGGGUGAGUAUCAGCGUUAUCGGCCCUUCAAAGAAUUGCCCAAUCGUCAGCUGCUGUGGCACGGCUCUCGCGCCACCAACUACGCGGGUAUCCUGUCUCAGGGUCUGCGCAUUGCACCACCUGAGGCACCAGUGACAGGUUAUAUGUUCGGCAAAGGUAUAUACUUUGCUGACAUGGUGUCCAAGAGUGCCAACUACUGCCACACCUCCCAGGCUGACCCUGUGGGCCUUAUUCUGUUAGGUGAGGUCGCCCUGGGCAACAUGCAUGAACUAAAAAAGGCCUCCCAUAUCACAAAGCUACCAAAGGGAAAGCACAGCGUGAAAGGUUUGGGCAGAACUGCUCCGGAUCCAGGUGCCACCGUUUCGCUGAAAGGAGUGGACGUCCCGCUGGGUAAAGGAGUCAACACGAACAUAGAUGACACAAGUCUGCUCUACAACGAAUAUAUUGUGUAUGAUGUUGCUCAGGUGAAUCUGAAAUACCUUCUGAAGAUUCGCUUUAAUUACCAGACCUCCCUCUGGUGAGGAGGCUGGUGAAGCUUGCUUUCUGACACCACUGUUUGCUAACACAGCACAGAGCUCAAGACCAAGAAGCCCCGGAAAGUUCCUUCCAUUAAACCAGUUCUGUAGUUCAUUUAGGAGUACUCUCUCCACUGCUUUAGUGUGGUAGCUCAGAGUAAAUAACAGGAUUUGUCUUGCACUGUAAAUGCCCAGAUACAGUAAUAUGCUGUAAAAGACUUGUCAUUUCUGUUGACGAGAUGUAACGCUGUGGGAUUUGGUCAAAUGCAAGUAUUUUGAGGGCCUUGUUUAACUUGCCAGAGGUGGUCUUCCUUGGAUUCUGCCAGAAGUAUUAGGUAGAGAAGUCUUCCAUUGGUUUUAUAGACCUUUUUAUUUGACUUCUGUUAGCCUUUGUUUAAAUUGGCUUCAAAUCUUUUGUCAUUGUACAGUCUGCUAAGCGUCAACUGAAGUUUUUCUUUUCUUUAAUGAAAACAGACACAAAAACAAUACUGUACAGUUUUAGAAAUGAAUGGUUUCUCAUAAGCUAGUGUUGGUUGUUUAUAAACGGAAAACAUUUACUAGGAUCUCUAGUAUUAGGACUGAUAGGGGAAAAAAGAUAUUUUCUUUGUACUACGCGAUUUUGUUAGAUUUUUUUUUUUUUGUCUCAUACUUUGUUACGUCUUGUAUAGUAAAAGGAAAGAAGGCGUUGAACAUUGUGGCUCACUAUUAUUUCAGCAACUGGCUUCAGUUCUUAACUUGUAUGCUUCCUCUGUAAACAUGACAUCUCUGAAUGGUCACUGUGAGAUGGUUAGUUUCUGUGAGCUGUCAAUUUUUGACAAAAGCAAAGUUGCAUAUUUUGUCUCUCUUACUGGCUUUUUUUCUUUUUUUAUCAUGUUAAACCCUGAAUAAAAAUCAGUGCUUUGGCCUUUA